CGUCAUCACUCCGAGCCGGAAGCGAUAUGCUCCUCUAGAGUGCAUCUAUCUUGCUUAUUUCGGGGCGAGGGGUUCGCCGCGAUGAUCCGCCUGCUGGCUCCGUUGUCCAGCCGGAGAGCUGCUUCACGGCUUAUUUUUACAUUCUCCAAAGAACAAAGUUUGGUUGGCAACGUAGAUGGUUCAGCUGCUGUGGUGGAUGAGUCUUCAUUGCAAAAAACAUCUCCUGAAGUAGUCUCCAGUGACCCAAUUCUACGAAAAUGCAGCCUCCCCUUCCCCAAACACCUUAAGCCAGUCCAAACAUGGAUCGAAUCAUUGCAACAUUACGAUGCCAGGCAUCUGGGCUUGGCAGACCUGCAUCCAGAUGUAUUUGCAGUGAUGCCUCGGUAAAGGCUGUUGUCUUUAGUCUCAGAUCUUACUUUUCAUUUCCAGAGUUAUGCCAAGACCAAGACACGUGCUGAGAUGCAUGGUGGUGGUAGGAAACCCUGGAGGCAGAAGGGCUCGGGUAGGGCCCGGCAUGGCAGUAUCCGAUCACCUAUAUGGCAUGGAGGUGGUAGGGCUUUUGGCCCCCGUGGCCCCACCAGCUAUUACUAUAUGCUUCCCAUGAAACAGCGGGUCCUCGGCCUCAAGGUGGCGCUGACAGCCAAGCAGAUGCAGGGUGAUCUCCACAUUGUGGACUCUCUAGAGAUGCCAACGUUUGAUCCUCAGUAUUUGGCGGACUUGGCUCGCUACAGGCAUUGGGGAAGAUCAGUGUUGUUUGUGGAUGUAGAUGAAAUACCUGAAAACAUCCAGUCUGCAACAAACGACCUUAAAACUUUUACAGUUGUGCCGGCAAUAGGUCUUAAUGUGCACAGCAUGCUGAAGCAUGAAACCCUGGUGCUCACCUUGGAAACCAUCUCCUUCUUGGAAAAGAAACUCUUGUGGCAUGACUCACGAUACAGUCCACUCUACCCCUUCCGGUUGCCCUACAGUGAUUUCCCCUAGCCCAUUUGUCAAAGAAAGACUGACCAUUUUGUGUGUGUGUGUGCGUGUGUAUAUGUCUUUUAAUAUGUACAUUAAAACUAAACUUUCUGCCUGA